CAAAAAAUAAUAAUAAAUAAUAAUAACAGCAUGGCAGCCCACAGUAUCUUUCUUUCUGGCUUUACCAUGAUCUUCCCAAAACACUUGACAAAAAACUUAGAAGUCCUAACUCCAAAACCUAAAUCCCAAAACAACAAAAGCCCCCUUCCCUCCCAGAAGAUCCAAUCCUCACUCUUUUUCUAUUCAUAUUUGUUUCUAUAGCCACUACUGUCACUCUGUGUAACACUGAACAAAUAUAUCCAUACACUGCUCCUUUUUGCUUAAUUCUUCUUCUUAAUUAUCUCAAGAUUGCUUUUUUUGAGUUUCAUCUUGUUGGUUUUUCUAUUUUCCACAUGGGUUUUGAAGAUUUCUUCAACUCAGUGCCUGGUAUCAUUGUUUUAGCAUAUGGGUAUGCUUCUGUUUGAUAAAAUUCCUCUGCGAGUUUUCCAUGUGUAGUGGGUUUCUUGACGUUAUUGCAUUGGAUCUUGAGGAUGGAACAUGGGUAUGUUUCAAUUUGAGGAAGAAACCAAGACAUGCUCUCUCUGCGAAACACUCGCAGAUUCUGCAACUUUGCUGCUUCCGUUGCAUUAAGUCGUAGUCCUGCAGCUGUAUCUAACCGCAUUCAGAAUCAAAACCAGAAACCUUUGGAGGAACCUGCACUUGUUAAGCUUAAAGCUGAGAGAGACCCUGAAAAGCUAUUUAAUCUUUUCAAGGCCAAUGCUGAGAAUAGGCUUGUUGUGGAGAAUCGGUUUGCAUUUGAAGAUACCGUUUCUCGCUUGGCUGGUGCUAACAGGUUUGAUUACAUUGAGCAUUUACUUGAGCACCAGAAGCCUCUUCCACAAGGUAGGCGCGAAGGGUUCAUGGUGAGGAUUAUAAUGUUGUAUGGAAAGGCUGGAAUGAUAAAGCAUGCUAUUGAUACUUUCUAUAAUAUGCAUUUGCACGGCUGUAAAAGGACUGUUAAAUCCGUCAAUGCUGCACUGAAGGUUUUGACUGGAACCCGUGAUUUAGCAGCAAUCGAGGCCUUUGUUAAUGAGGCGCCGAAGAAGUUUGAUAUUGAGCUAGACAUAUUUUCUGUUAACAUCAUUGUUAAGGCUUUAUGUGAAACGGGAAAUUUGGAUAAAGCAUAUUUGCUCAUGGUAGAGAUGGAAAAGUCAGGGGUAAGGCCAGAUGUCAUCACAUACACCACACUUAUGUCAGCAUUUUAUAAGAACAACAGGUCAGAGAUUGGCAAUGGAUUGUGGAAUCUUAUGGUGCUUAAAGGAUGUUUACCCAAUCUUGCAACAUUUAAUGUUAGAAUUCAGUAUUUGGUCAACAUAAGACGGGCAUGGCAUGCAAAUGAUGUGAUGCGUUUGAUGCUAAAAAUUGGGAUUGUGCCUGAUGAGGUUACAUAUAAUUUGGUUAUAAAAGGCUUUUUCCAGACUGGUAAACUUGAGAUGGCCAAAAUGGUGUAUUUUUCUUUACGUGGCAAGGGGCAUAAAUUUAAUGUUAAAGUUUACCAAACAAUGGUUCAUUAUUUAUGCAAGGGUGGGGAGUUUGAUUUGGCUUAUACAAUGUGUAGAGAUUGCAUGAGGAAUAACUGGUUUUUGAAUGUGGAUACCAUUCAUACGCUGCUUGAAGGGCUGAAGAAGAAUGGGCAGCUUAACAAGGCUAAGGUGAUCGUGACUUUAGCUCAGAAGAGAGUGCCUCCUUUUCCUUCAAGUCAUUUGCGUUCCUUGCAAGCUGUAUUGUCUAGAAGUUGAAUUGAGGUUAUGGAAAUGCUCAGAUAAGCUUGGUUUUGUAACACCACAGCCUCACAGCAGGGGAUAUUAAUUUCAUUUUGUCCUCUGAUACAUCCACAGAACCAUAUGGAUAUCCUCGUCCUUAAACAUCAAACAAAGGGAACGUUCCCUUUAUUCAAUUAAUUUGUUGUAGCUUUUAAUAAGUUCCUGAUGAAAUGAAAUUUCUAAACUUCUAACUGGAUGGUGCCAUGAUUCUUGUAAGUUUUCAUUCAAUUUCUUCCAUUAUCUUUGUCUGUUUCAAAUGCAUUACUCUUUUCUUUCUAAUCUACGAGUGUUGGAGCAUGUGAGUUUUGGAUGUUCACCUGUCAAUAAUUGCUCUACUUACUGAAUACUGAUGUCUCAUGCCAUCUUUUAUACUUGUUAUUUGCAUCUAUCUUCAUGGAUUUGGGGUGUUCUUUUUAAAUCAUCAUGCAACUUCCUCAUUGUAUGUAUUUAUGAGUGUGAACGUGUCUUCUGCUCUGACUUUCAUGUUAGGCAUAUUUACAUCAGAUGUGAUAUAAAUUGGCUUAAAGUUUUGAUUUGAUUUGAUUUUCUAAUAUGAUGCCUUUUAUUUGAAAUUUUUGCAGUUUCAAUUGACGAAGAGCUGGUUAACCAGCCAAAAGAGUGUGUUAUCUCUUUGUUAUCUAUUGCUUAGAUGCCAGCAUUGG